AUGGCAAAUAACUUUAAAGUAGUAGUAUCUGAUUUUGGUACAGGAUCUAUGUUUGAAGGUCAUGAAGACCAUCAUAUUCUUGUUAAUGAUUUAAUUUUAUAUGAGAAUGGUUAUUAUGAGAUUUUAGGAAAACUUCUAUUCUGGAAUUUCAUCCAUGAUGGAUCUUUUCCAUAUUAUUUGGAUGAAUAUAUGUUUGAUGAAGUAAUUGAUCAUGUUGAGAUGAUAAAACUGGCAUUGCCUAUGCUGAAUAAUAUAGUGAAUAAAAUUUUAGCUGGUGAAAGAUAUGAAAAUAUUGAAGGUUUUAAAGAAUGGAGAGAAUCAUUUAAUAUACAA